AUGGAGGACACGCAGCGCCAGAUCGCGAGACUGCUCCCGGACAUCAUCCGCGGCGCAGACUUGGAAAAGGCGACCGUGCGGACGCUGCAAAAGUCGCUGGAGGAUUCGUUGGGACGGGAUUUGGGCGAACACAAAAACUUUAUACGCGCCGAGGUGGAACACUUCUUGAAGGGUGCGGUAACGAAGAAAAGGGCGGCCUUGGAUGAGGAGGGUUCGAAGGGCAAAAAGGCCAAGGCGCAGAAAAAAACGGGUCGGGGCAAGACGAAGGAAUUAGUGGACCCAACUCGACCGAAAGGACCGAAAGGGGCGUACAUGUGUUUUGUGAGUGCGCGAAGAUCACAAAUUAAGGAUGCAAACCCCGAUAUGACGUUCCCAGAUAUCGCUCGCGAGCUCGGUGUGGAGUGGAAGACGAUGUCGGAGGCGAGUCGCCAUCGGUACGAACAAAUGGCAGAGUUGGAUAAAGAUCGAUACACGCGGGAGAUGUUGUCCUACGUUCCCUUGAGUGAUGAAAAGAUGCAGGAAUUGAGAGAACAACAAAGCAGGCGAAAGGCCGCGGGGGGUCUCCAAGUCAUGUACCACUGUUCGCCCGAGCUCACAGCGUUUCUCGGCGGCGCGAAGACGAUAAACCGCAAGGAACUCACGACGAGAAUCUGGAAGUAUUUCCGUGAGCAUAAUUUGAUGGAUCCAAUCAACAAGCGAUUCAUUGUCCCAGAUACGAAAUUGUCCAAGCUUUUGAAGCUUCAAGACGGCGAAAGAUUCCUUGCGUUCACCGUCAGUCGCUACCUCAAUCCGCACUUGGUGAAGAAAGUUGAGAGUCAGUGA